AUGCCCAAUCUAAUAAUCUCGGAGUUCAAUAUAGUCUGCACAGUAUUGGGAGGGUUUGUCCUAGCAUUUGGGCUCGUCUCUUUCUUUGUCAAAGAGAGGUUGUAUCUUUCUGAGGCUCUAAUCGCUCUUCUUAUGGGGGUAGCUUUGGGUCCUUACGGUGCUCAUAUCAUACGCCCGCUCAGCUAUGCCAGAGAUAACUCAGAGGAAAAUCUAGAUUCUAUCAAUCUUGCAUUUUCCAGACUAGUACUCGGAGUUCAACUAGUUUUAGCUGGAGUUCAGCUACCAAAAAAGUACCUUAUCCAUGAAUGGAAAUCUCUAGGAAUUCUCCUAGGCCCGGUCAUGACCGUCAUGUGGCUCGUCAGCGGCACCAUAAUCUACGGACUCAUCCCGGGCCUGACAUAUGUUCAAUCGCUCGCCAUUGGAGCUUGUAUCACCCCCACGGAUCCCAUCCUAUCAAAUACCAUCGUUAAGGGUAAAUUCGCAGAUAAGCAUAUACCCGUCCCGCUCCAGCGCAUCAUUAUUGCCGAAUCAGGCGCCAAUGACGGACUAGGAUACCCUUUCCUUUUUCUCGCAUUAUAUAUCUAUAGAUACGCGUUCCUCUCUGAUAGGGUCGGACAUGGUGUGUCACUAUUCUUUACAGAGACGAUAUCAUAUACAAUCCUCUUGUCUGUAGUCUAUGGAGGCGUAGUAGGUUGGCUCGCAAAGGACCUUUUGCAUUUGGCCAGUGAAAGGAAGCUGGUCGACAGAGAGUCCUUCUUGGUGUUUGCGAUUGCUUUGGCCUUGUUUAUUGUGGGCACUUGUGGGAUGAUUGGAACGGAUGAUGUAUUAGCAUGCUUUAUUGCUGGUAAUGCUUUUACCUUGGAUGAUUGGUUUCGGCUGGAAACACUCGAUGAUAGUCUUCAGCCCACGAUUGACAUGCUACUAAACAUCACGAUAUUCCUAUGGUUUGGAGCAGUGGCGCCAUGGUCGGAGUUUGGGACUACAUCAGAAAUACCUAUCGGAAGGUUACUCGGGAUGGCGAUUUUGAUAUUGUUACUGCGACGUCCACCUAUCAUCUUGUUGCUUCACAAGUACAUCCCUCGGAUCAACAAUUUGAGGGAAGCAGCGUUUGCAGGGUACUUCGGGCCGAUUGGUGUCAGCGCAAUCUUUUAUCUUUACGUUACUAUCGAAUUUCUACGACAGACCGAAAAGCUUCCUUUGGAUGAAUCGCAAAUAAAGGGAGUACACACAAUGAUGACAGCAACAAAGCUGGUAGUAUGGUUUUCGGUGAUAGCAAGUGUGAUCGUUCAUGGAAUCACUGUACCGGUUAUUAAACUUGGGAAUGCGAUACCAUUGUCAAUAUCCCGCUCCGUGUCUCGGGUGACGGGUAACUUGUCUGGGUUGGGGGGCUUCGUGUCUCGCGGGUCUUCAGGAGGGCGGAGUAGUGUUUCGACUUUACCACUACCUGACCCAGUGCUUACUGAUCAAAGAGCUGAUGUUAGAGUUAUUUCUAUGCCAUCGCCUGUGGCGCAGGUUACUGGAGACAUCGAACGAGGGAAAACGUUGUCAUGGGACGAAAAUCUUGAGAGAGGGAGAGAAGAGAGAAUGGCAAUGGGGUUGUAG